CGUGUUUCUCAAGGCACACUUAACUUCCGUCCCCAGUUCCGACUCAGACCAAAGGGACAACAAAAACCAUGGAGUCGGAGGAUGCUGAGGUGAUGGAAGACCAAGUUUCUCAAGAGAAAAUGCUGUCUGAGGACAAAGACUUUGGUGAUGGAACAGACUACAGAACUGUAAUAAAGGAAAAAUUUUGUGUUGCAUGGGAUAAGAACUCUUUGACUGGAGAAUCUGCAACUUUAUAUCAGGGAAUUAUUCAGAAAGACCAAAAGCUGUUAAAGAAUAUAUUUGAUACAGAUAUCAACACUUACAAGAUGCGACAAACAGUCAUCCUUUAUGGAGAUGCUGGAGUUGGGAAGACAACAUUGUUGAGAAGGGCAAUGUUAGAAUGGGCAGAUGGGAAUCUCUUCGAGAAUUUUGCAUAUGUUUUUUAUCUCAGUGGGAGAGAAAUUAGCCAAGCAAAGGAGAAAAGCUUUGCUCAGUUAAUAUCCAAGAACUGGCCUAGGUCUGAAGUCCCCAUUGAACAGAUCCUGUCCGAGUCCAGAAAUCUCCUUUUUCUGAUCGAUAGUUUUGAUGAGCUGGACUUCUCAUUUGAAGAGCCAGAGUUUGCACUAUGUAAUGACUGGACCCAGGAGCACCCAGUGUCCUUUCUUAUUAGUAGUUUGCUGAGGAAAGUGAUGCUUCCUGAAUCAUUCUUGUUAGUAACAGCAAGAUCCACAGCAAGGAAGAAACUUAUGCCCUUGUUACAUAAACCUCAUUGCAUAGAGCUGCCAGGACUGUCUGAGAAUGCAAGGAUGGACUACAUUCAGCAUUUCUUUCUGAACGAUAAGAAAUGGGCUAAGGGUGCGAUCUAUUCAAUAAGGAAGAAUCCACGACUUUUCAACAUGUGCCAUGUCUGCCAAGUGUGCUGGGUGGUCUGUACUUGUCUGAAGCAGCAAGUGGAGAAAGGUGGCGAUAUUGCAAUGACCUGCCAAACCACCACAGCUCUGUUCACAUGCUAUGUCUGCAGCUUAUUUUCACGGACAGAUGGGAACUCUGUUACUCUGCCCAAUGAAACCCUACUGAGGAGCCUGUGCCAAGCAGCUGCUGAAGGUAUCUGGACUAUGAAGCAUAUACUCUACAAGAAAAAUCUCAGAAAGCAUGAGUUGACCAGAAAUGACAUCUCAGUCUUCCUGGAUGCGAAGGUUCUUCAUGAGGACACAGAGUAUGAGAACUGCUAUACGUUCGCUCACCUCCGUGUUCAGGAGUUUUUUGGAGCUUUGUUCUACUUGUUAAGAGAGAAUCCAGAAAAAAAAGAUUAUCCCCUCAAACCUUUUGAAAGCUUGUAUCUGUUACUUGAAAGCAACCAUUCUGAGGACCCUCAUUUGGAACAGAUGAAAUGCUUUUUGUUCGGACUACUGAAUAAAGAGCAAGUACGCCAACUGGAGGAAACGUUCAACUUUACAAUAUCCAUGGACGUAAAAGGGGACUUACUUAUGUGUCUGGAAGCAAUAGAAAAGGAUGACUCCUAUCCAUCCCAACUGAGACUUCUAGAUUUGUUUCACUGUCUGUACGAGACUCAAGAUAAUGACUUCAUAACUCAGGCACUGAGCUCUUUCCCAAAGAUUGCUGUGCAGAUUGAAGAAGAAAGCCAGUUGCUUAUAUAUUCAUUCUGCUUUAAGCACUACUACUCUCUACAAACUGUUAAACUAACUAUAAAGGCAGAAUUAAGAGAUAUAUUGGACUUAGACCCCACAGAUGAAACUUGCCUCAAGGAUACUGUUGCUCGAAUCACUCACUACUGGCAAGAUCUGUUUUCUGUGCUGCAUACAAAUGAAUCCCUGAGAGAAAUGAAUCUGUAUGAAAGCAUCCUUGAUGAAGCACUGAUGAAGAUUAUAAAUGAAGAAUUAAGUCACCCAAAGUGCAAACUACAAAAACUACAGUUUGGAUCGGUCUGCUUCCUGAAUAGCUGUCAGGAUUUUAGUUUUUUGGCUGCCUGCCAUACCCUGACACAUCUCGACCUGAAACAUACUGACUUAGAAGAUAAUGGGUUAAGGAGCUUAUGCACAGCCUUGAAAUGCCAACAGUGUAAAUUACGGGUGCUGAGGUUGGAAGCCUGUGAUGUGAAUGUAAACCGCUGUCAACAGCUAUCAGAGGCUCUGGAAAGGAACAGCAGCCUGGUAUUUCUCAACCUGUCCACCAACAAUCUGACAAAUUAUGGAGUGAAGUCGCUCUGCAAAUUCUUUGGAAAUCCCAACUGUUGCCUAGAGAGACUGUCCUUAGCAAGCUGUGGCUUCACAAAAGAUGUUUGUGGCAUUCUUUCCUUUGCUCUCACCGAAAGCAGGAGGCUGACACAUUUGUGCUUGGCAGACAACCUCUUGGGAGAUGAAGGGAUAGAACUUCUCAGCGAUGCCUUGAAACAUCCACAGUGUACUCUCCAGAGCCUUGUGUUGCGGUGUUGUUUUUUCACUCCGGUUGGUAGUGAGUUCCUCUCCACUGCUUUGCUGAUCAACAGGAGUUUGGUACAUCUGGACCUGGGAGCAAACAGGCUUGAGGACAGUGGGAUAAAGCUUCUGUGUCAUGUCCUUCAGCAGCCAACUUGUACUCUUGAAGAGCUGGAGUUGACGGGCUGUGUUCUCACGAGUGAGAGUUGUCUGGAUCUGGCUUCUGUUCUUGUAAACAGCCCAAACCUGUGGAGCCUAGACCUUGGAAACAACAACUUAAUGGAUGCUGGCCUGCAUAUUCUGUGUGAUGCUUUAAAAAAUCCAAACUGCCAAAUUCAGAGGCUAGGAUUGGAAAACUGUGGCUUAACCUCUGCUUGCUGUCAUGAUCUCUUAAGUCUUUUUUGUACCAACCAAAGUUUGGUACAAAUGAACUUAAUGAAGAACGCCCUCGGUUAUGACACAAUUAAAAAUUUAUGUAAAGUCUUGAGGUGUCCAACAUGCAAAAUGAAGUUCCUAGCGUUGGACAAAAGGGAAAUUGACAGGAAGAAAAUCAAGAAGUUUUUGAACGAUGUAAAAACUAACAAUCCAGAAUUGGUGAUUAGGCCACACUGUUCUGCUACAGAAAGUGGGUGCUGGUGGCAGUAUUUCUGAAGAAAUUGAUGUGCCUUUAAAAAUUUACAAAAAAACCCAAACACAUAACUCCAAAUGGUAUGGUCUUUAACAUGUAAGAAAUACUGGUCUAUCCAGAGAUACUGAACUGUAUUUCUAAUAGGGAUAAGUUACACACUGCUCUGUAAAAUGUUUGCUGUUUUUCACACAGGGGUUGAGAAA